CAGGAUUCUGCACCAGAAGCACGUAAAAUAGAUUGCUUGGUUCAAAAUAGAAAAGAGCGGCAACGUUCUGCUGCGUUUCCAGACCUUUCCCAAGAUGGAACCAAUAACAUUCACAGCGAGGAAGCAUCCGUUCCCUACCGAGGCCUGGGUGGACUUCAGCCUCCAGCUGGUGGGCUCCCUGCCUGUUCACGCUCUGACCACCAUGCCCAUGCUGCCCUGGGUCGUUGCAGAGGUGCGAAGGCUCAGUGGGCAGUCCUCCAAAAAGGAGCCUGGCACCAAGCAAGUCCGGCUUUUUGUCUCGCCCUCUGGACUGAGAUGUGAACCUGAGCCCGGGAAGACUCAGCAGUGGGAUCCACUGAUCUGUUCCAGCAUCUUUGAGUGUAAGCCUCAGGACGUACACAAACUGAUUCACAACAGUCACGACCCAAGUUACUUCGCUUGUCUGAUUAAGGACAAUGCAGCCAAUAGGCGGAGCAUCUGCUACGUGUUCAAAGCUGAUGACCAAACAAAAGUGCCGGAGAUCAUCAGCUCCAUUCGCCAGGCCGGGAGGAUUGCCCGCCAGGAGGAGCUCCAUUGCCCCUCGGAGUUUGACGACACCUUCUCCAAGAAGUUCGAGGUGCUCUUCUGCGGCCGGGUCACCGUGGCGCACAAGAAGGCCCCCCCGGCCCUGAUCGAUGAGUGCAUCGAGAAGUUCAACCAUGUCAGCUGCAGCAGGAGAGCGGAGCUGGACGGCCCCGCGGGGGGCGCGGAGCCGGGCCCCCGGCCCAUGCGCAAGGCCUUCUCGCAGCCCGGCCUGCGCUCCUUGGCCUACAAGAGGGAGCUUCAGGACGGGGGCCUUCGCAGCCACAGCUUCUUCAGCUCUUUUGAUGAAAGAGACAUUGAGAACCACCUCAUCAGCGGGCACAAUAUUGUGCAGCCCACAGAUAUGGAGGAAAAUCGAACUAUGCUCUUUACGAUUGGUCAAUCUGAAGUUUACCUCAUCAGUCCUGACACCAAAAAAAUAGCAUUGGAGAAAAAUUUUAAGGAGAUAUCCUUUUGCUCUCAGGGUAUUAGACACGUGGACCACUUCGGGUUCAUCUGCCGAGAGUCUUCGGGAGGCGGAGGCUUUCAUUUCGUCUGUUACGUGUUUCAGUGCACAAAUGAGGCCCUGGUCGAUGAAAUCAUGAUGACGCUGAAACAGGCUUUCACGGUGGCUGCUGUGCAGCAGACGAAAGCGCCGGCCCAGCUGUGCGAGGGCUGCCCCCUGCAGGGCCUGCACAAGCUCUGCGAGCGCAUCGAGGGAAUGAAUUCUUCCAAAACCAAACUAGAACUCCAGAAGCACCUGACAACAUUAACCAAUCAGGAGCAAGCAAUGAUUUUUGAGGAGGUGCAGAAAUUGAGACCAAGAAAUGAGCAGCGAGAGAAUGAAUUGGUUAUUUCUUUCCUGAGAUGUUUGUAUGAAGAGAAGCAAAAAGUUCACGUCCAUAUUGGGGAGAUAAAGCAGACAACACAGAUUGCAGCAGAGAAUAUUGGAAGUGAAUUACCUUCUAGUGCCACGCGAUUUAAGCUCGAUAUGCUGAAAAACAAAGCGAAGAGAUCUUUAACGGAAUCUUUAGAAAAUAUUUUGUCCCGGGGUAAUAAAGCCAGAGGCCUUCCGGAACAUUCUGCCAGCCUGGAUCUGGACAGCUCCGUGUCUAGCACAUUAAGUAACACCAACAAAGGGCUGUCCGUGUGCGAGAAGGAGGCCCUGCCCGCGUCGGAGAGCAGAGCCAGGCUCCUGGGCUCCUCAGACGACCUGCCGCCCGGCCACCCGGCGGGCUGCGCGGAGGAGGAGCCCGCCCCGCUCUGCGCCCAGCAGGGCUUCCGACGGCGCGCCAACACCCUGAGCCACCUCCCCGUGGAGUGCCAGGAGCCUCCGGAGCCCGCCCAGGCCUCCCCGGCGGGCUCGCAGAGGAAACUUAUGAGGUACCACUCAGUGAGCACAGAGACGCCUCAUGAGCGAAAUGGGAAUCAUCCACCUGUUGGCGAAUCUAAAAGUUGCUCAGGUCCUUCAGUUCCUGCUCCUUCACCUCGUCUUAACCCCUCCGCCUCCUCACCAAAUUUUUUUAAGUACCUAAAACAUAAUUCCAGUGGAGAACAGAGUGGGAAUGCUGUGCCGAAGAGCAUCUCCUACCGUAAUGCCCUGCGGAAAAAACUCCACUCUUCUUCCUCUGUGCCAAAUUUUCUAAAAUUUCUGGCUCCUGUAGAUGAAAAUAACACCUCUGACUUUAUGAACACAAAAAGAGACUUUGACUCCAAAGCUCACCAUCUCGGCGACACCAGUGGGACCUCUGUGAAGACCCGGAAACACUCAUGGAGGCAGCAGAUAUUUCUCCGCGUGGCAACCCCACAGAAAGCGUGCGAUUCUCCCAGCAGAUACGAAGAUUACUCUGAGCUGGGAGAGCUUCCCCCACGAUCGCCUCUAGAGCCCGUCUGUGAAGAUGGGCCCUUCGGCCCUGUGCCAGAGGAAAAGAAAAGGACCCCUCGUGAGCUGCGAGAACUGUGGCGAAAGGCGAUUCUGCAGCAGAUACUGCUCCUCAGGAUGGAGAAGGAGAACCAGAAGCUCCAAGCUUCUGAAAACGACCUGCUGAACAAGCGCCUGAAGCUUGAUUAUGAAGAGAUCACGCCUUGCCUUAAAGAAGUAACGAUGGUGUGGGAAAAGAUGCUGAGCAUGCCAGGAAGAUCCAAAAUUAAGUUUGACAUGGAAAAAAUUCAUUCCGCUGUUGGGCAAGGUGUGCCACGUCAUCACCGAGGUGAGAUCUGGAAAUUCCUCGCAGAGCAAUCCCACCUUAAACACCAGCUUCCCGGGAAACAGCAACCCAAGGACACGCUGUACAAAGAGCUCUUGAAACAGCUCACCUCGCAGCAGCAUGCCAUCCUUAUCGACCUUGGGCGAACCUUUCCAACGCACCCGUACUUCUCGGCCCAGCUGGGCGCGGGGCAGCUGUCCCUUUACAACAUCUUGAAGGCCUACUCGCUCCUGGACCAGGAAGUGGGCUACUGCCAGGGCCUCAGCUUUGUGGCCGGCGUUCUGCUGCUCCACAUGGGAGAGGAGGAGGCGUUUCACAUGCUCAAGUUCCUGAUGUUUGACAGGGGGCUGCGGAAACAGUAUCGGCCCGACAUGAUUAUUUUACAGAUCCAGAUGUACCAGCUCUCGCGGCUCCUGCACGAUUACCACCGAGACCUGUACAACCACCUGGAGGAGCAUGAGAUUGGCCCCAGCCUCUACGCCGCCCCCUGGUUUCUCACCGUGUUCGCCUCCCAGUUCCCCCUGGGAUUUGUGGCCAGAGUCUUCGAUAUGAUCUUUCUCCAGGGAUCAGAGGUCAUAUUUAAAGUGGCUUUGAGUCUGUUGGGGAGCCAUAAGCCCUUGAUUCUGCAGCAUGAAAACCUGGAAACCAUAGUUGACUUUAUAAAAAACACACUACCCAACCUGGGCUUGGUGCAAAUGGAAAAGACCAUCAGUCAGGUGUUUGAGAUGGACAUCUCUAAACAGUUACAAGCAUAUGAAGUCGAAUACCAUGUGCUUCAAGAAGAACUUAUUGAUUCCUCUCCUCUCAGCGACAACCAAAGAAUGGACAAGUUGGAGAAAACCAACAGCAGCUUACGCAAACAGAACCUUGACCUCCUUGAACAACUGCAGGUGGCCAAUGGUAGGAUCCAGAGCCUCGAGGCGACCGUGGAGAAGCUCCUGACCAGUGAGAGCAAGCUGAAGCAGGCUGCCCUUGCCUUAGAGCUGGAGAGGUCGGCGCUGCUGCAGACGGUGGAGGAGCUCCAGCGGCGGGCGGCAGAGCUGAGCGCCCCGCAGCCCGACCGCGCACAGCCCAGGCCCACGGGCGACUGACAGCACCUCGCCGGGCACGGCUCUGGAGGAGACCUUGCGACACCACCCUGACACUAUCCAGGCCUUAACUGAGAGAGACAGAAGACGCUGGACGGGGAGAGUGAAGCGUGAAGCAUGCUUCUCAGGGAGGAAGCUGGCUCGCCAGCAUGCGGAGUCUUCUGGACUGAAACUUGUGGUUCAGGGGGAUGAAUGUCCCUGUGUUUUUGUUGUUUAGGUUCCAAUUGGUCCUGAUUACUGUAAUCAGUAGAUUUAGACGGCAUGGACAUGAAUAAAUGCACUUUUAUGUUCCUUUUUCAGUA